CUCCACGCCCGCUGUUCAUCUCGGCAGUCCUAACAGAGACUGUGCGGUCCCCUCGCCUGUCCAGUCUGCCCUGUUCUCUCUGCCUUUCUGUCACAUAUUUUAAAUUCUGCUACACCUAUGAGAAUAGUAACCUGCGAAACAGGCAGGAACUCCGUCUCUUUUCCACAGGGCAUGAGACCGACCGUGUUCUGUCCUGCGGUGAAUUCAUCGCGCUGUGCUCGGACUUCCUCUAGGGGAAACGCUGCACUUGGAGAAUCUCUCCAACUUUCUGUGACUUUCCCGCAGCGAGAAGGCGCUCGACGUCGCUGGUCGAGCCGGCGGCCGCAGUGAGUGGCCGGACUGUGGGAGUCCAGCGCAAGCACGUUUAACUAACUCACCGCUCGGGGUGAAGAGACGGAGCGGGAUUGAUCAGAACAGGAGUUUCGUCUUCUAACGGACCGGUGUCGCCGACUUGAAACUCUCAGCAGCCGGCGCUCGGGGCUCUAAGGGAACCGGUUCGCUCUCGGGAGGGGUGGGGGCUACAAUACAGUGGCCUCCCCGGGGCAGUUAAUUCACCCUUUACUUUUCCCCGAGCUGAGGAUGAGGAGCGUCUCCGGUCUCUGACCCCCCGGAGCGACCUGACGCGUCUCCUCGGAAACCGUGCCUUUCGAGAACAGUUUAUUUCCCAUCAACCCUGUUCGUGCUGCGGGUGGACCUCCGUGCCGAGCUGCCCUGCCGGAGCCGCUGUUCGCGUCACGCCACUCGUGAAACAGACGCAGUUUCGCCGGAGCCGCCCGGCGCGCGCCAUGGGGCGGUGCCGGGUCUGCGCGUGCUGCCUGUCCGAGGAGGAGCGCCAAGCGAUCGCCGUGGAUCGGGAGAUCCAGAAGAUCCUGCAGAAGCAGAGGAAGAGGGACAGACGGGAGAUCAAAGUGCUGCUGCUGGGCACAGGCGAGAGCGGGAAGAGCACGUUCAUCAAGCAGAUGCGGAUCAUCCACGGGCAGGGCUACUCGGAGGAGGAGCGCCGCGCCUUCGCCAAGCUGGUGUACCAGAACAUCUUCACCGCGGCGCAGAGCAUGAUCAGCGCCAUGGCCACGCUGGGCAUCCCCUACGGCCGCCCAGAGAACGAGGCACACGCCCAGCGCCUGCUCCAGGUGGACGUGCUGCAGGUCAGGGCGCUGGAGCUCUGGGAGGUGCAGGCCAUCCGCAGCCUGUGGGCCGACCUGGGCAUCCGGCAGUGCUACAGCCAGCGCCGCCACUUCCACCUGCUGGACUCCACCGACUACUUCAUGUCGAACCUGGAGCGCAUCACAGCUGCAGACUACAUCCCCACUUCUCAAGAUGUGCUGCGGGUUCGACUCCCCACCACAGGAAUCACCGAGUAUCCCUUCACUGUGGAGAAGAUGUUACUCAGGAUAGUGGACGUGGGGGGGCAGAAGUCGGAGCGCAGGAAGUGGAUCCACUGCUUCGAGAACGUGACGUCCCUCAUCUUCCUGGCCUCUCUCAGCGAGUACGACCAGGUGCUGGAGGAGCAGGAGACCGAUAACCGGAUGGAGGAGAGCAAGGCCCUGUUCUACACCACCAUCCACUCCCCCUGGUUCCUCAAGUCCUCCAUCAUCCUCUUCCUCAACAAGAAGGACAUCCUGGCGGAGAAGAUCCUGACCUCACACCUCGUCACCUACUUCCCCCAGUUCAAAGGAAAGCAGUGUGAUGUGCAGGCGGCCAUGCAGUUCAUCCUGCAGAUGUACCUGCAGCAGGCAGUGAAGAAGGACAAGAGGAAGGGCGACAGGGACAAGAGCAUCUACUCCCACUUCACCUGCGCCACCGACACCAACAACAUCCGCUCCGUCUUCAGUGCCGUGAAGGACACGGUGCUGGUCAAGUCCCUGGAGGAGUUCUCCCUGCUGUGACCGGGUCUCUGGGUCAGCAGUGUGAAGGACACGGUGCUGGUCAAGUCCCUGGAGGAGUUCUCCCUGCUGUGACCGGGUCUCUGGGUCAGCAGUGUGAAGGACACCAGCUCCUCCGGUCCGUCUCAGGCUGCAGAGCCCAUUGCCGACAGAUCUGGGCCACACAGGGCUGGUGAAGCUCUGGUGACACACAGAGCUCUUCCCUGAGUGACGUGUCUGAGAAGUCGCGCCAGUAACAGGUACAGCUGGAUCAAAGGGACAGUCUUGCACACAGCCCCUGAGGACACAGGACAGGGUACAGAGACUCUCACCCUAGUGCAGUGGGACUACAGACACGAGCCCUGGACACAGCAGAGAGACGAGGAGAUUCCUCACUCCAGGGCUGUGCAGACAGAGCCUUUCUAGUAGUAACUAGAUCCUUUUAGCUUUUCACACACAAGACUCUGAGCAGCUCCGUUCCAGGUGUUUCUAAAACAGACUCUCAGGACAGAGGGUCCUGCACAUGGCGCAGAGCUGGUGCCACAGCGGAGUUCAGGGUGCGGGGCCCCUCUUCACACAGGGGGACGGGGGCUGGGAGGAGCAGACCUCUGUCCGGUCAGUGAGUCCCCAGCUCUCUGAGGUCACUCUGCUCCUGGCUACUGGACACACAGCCUUUCCCGAGCUGGAAUCUUUCUGACAUUCUUAUCAUGGGCUCUAAAACAAAACUGAAAAUAAAAAAAUAAUAAAAUUUCAUUUAACAAUUCAAAUUAAAGCCCAAGAACUGUUUUUUUCCCCUGUCAUUUCUUGUUUUAAUUUCUUGUUAUUAGCUUAAGGUUGUGCCCUACAACAUUCAGCACUGUUCACUCUGCUCACACAUUUACUGCGGUACACAAUGGUAAGAACAUGCAGUAGAGCCCAAGUAAUCUGAAGUAAAAGCACAGUAAGGUGCUGUAAAGCACAGUAUGUUGAAGAAUGAUAAACCACAGGACCAGUCUGGUAAACUGACCCUGUGACCUCAUGGCACAACAGGCUCUGGAGAUCGUUCACAUAUCACUUUGAGGGCUAAGAUCUGAGAGCGACAGGCGAGAGCAGUGUUGCUGGUUAUUUUUAGCCCCUGGACGUCUCUUGGUCUUUUGUUAUUCCUCCAAGCACUCAGCUCACUGGCCAGCAGUCCAAGAAAUGUGAGCGGUGUGUGUGUGUGCGUGAGAGAGUGAGUGA